UCAAAGAUCCUCCUGCCUCUGCUCCUGAGUGCUGGGAUUACAGGCGUGCACCACCCAGCUUGCCAACCUCCUUGUCCCUUUUCCUAGGGUUUUUUGGGGGGUUUCUGUUUGUUUUUCUACCAAUGCAAGGACUGGCAGAAUAUGUUGGCUAGUCCCAUGGAGGUUUGGCUAACAGACUAUUAAAAAAUGCAGCGUUGGCUUUUAUUAUCAUUUUACAUGUUAAAAUAUCGACCUGCUCGAUGUCACACAACAAACCAGUCCGAGAGGAGGCACAGUCUGAACCUACAUUUUCUGACAGGGGGUCUGCUGCUCUAACCUUCAGCCUCUCUAUCUCUAGUCUUAUCCCCCACCCCCCAGGGUAUUGUUAUAGGGGGAGGAGCCGGGGCUUCCGGUUUGGGAGACGGUGUCAGGGCCGGAGGACUGGAGAUAGUCCCUUUUCCUGGAAGAAAGGAUCGGGGUCGGGCGCGUUACACGGGUAGUACAGGCGUUUGAUUUUAAGGGAUUUAUCCCACGUGGCCGUUUUCUUAGCCUUUUAAUGGUCGGGGUUUUCCAGAGGUCGUCAAUUUGCUACAGGCUCGUUAGUGGCAGCCUCUUUGGCCAAUUGGCUGUUAGAAGCAAGUCUCCACGUUGCCCAAUAGCGGUGCUGAUGGGUGCGGUUCGCAGUUGCGCAGUGAAAUAGCGCGUCGGCCCACCGCAUUGGCUGGAUUAAACCCAAGCGACCUGCUGAUUGGUCAACACUGUCGGAGGGUUACAAUUCAAACGCAGGCGGGCGGCCCCCAGCCUCGCAGUUAAGUCCUGUUCUCGGAGUUCCUGUCUGCUGGCACCUCUCGGAUGGCCUCCCAAAACCGCGACCCCGCCGCCACCAGCGUCGCUGCCGCCCGUAAAGGAGCCGAGCCCAGCGGGGGCGCUGCCCGGGGUCCAGUGGGAAAGAGGCUACAGCAGGAGCUGAUGACCCUCAUGAUGUCUGGUGACAAAGGAAUUUCUGCCUUCCCUGAAUCAGACAACCUUUUCAAAUGGGUAGGGACGAUCCACGGAGCAGCUGGCACAGUAUAUGAAGACCUGAGGUAUAAGCUCUCCCUGGAGUUCCCCAGUGGCUACCCUUACAACGCACCCACGGUGAAGUUCCUCACUCCCUGCUACCACCCCAAUGUGGAUACCCAGGGUAACAUCUGCCUGGACAUCCUCAAGGACAAGUGGUCUGCCUUGUAUGACGUCAGGACCAUACUGCUAUCCAUCCAGAGCCUGCUAGGAGAACCCAACAUCGAUAGUCCUUUGAACACACAUGCUGCAGAGCUCUGGAAAAACCCCACAGCUUUUAAGAAGUACCUGCAAGAAACCUACUCAAAGCAAGUAUCCAGCCAAGAUCCCUGACGCAGGCUGUCAGCCUGUCCUUGUGGUGUCUUUAUUUCUUCUUCAGUCUGUCCUUUCCUUGAUUUCUGUGUUGGACACUGUAUUUUGAGCUGUGGUGUUGUUCUUGUUUUGUUUGUUUUUUAAAUUAAGUCUGUGGUUGAGCCUUUGCAAUGUAUAUUAAAUAAACACAUUUUGGUUGCUUUUUG